AUGAUCACCUGUGGCCACGCAUAUCCUCGGAUACUAUCCGAAGAAAACGAAGCCUGUAUCUUCGAAUGGAGUCCGAAAACUCCUUUGAGAGCUGAGGAGCUUGAGAGCUGCUGCUCUUCAGAAACAAAAAAAAUUCAAAGUCCCCAUUCCUUAAGGGACCCUUCACCAGCUCAACACGGCCAACAUACCACUCACCAGCUCACCAGUCAACCCCGCUGCCUAUCACCCAACAGACCACUCACCAGCUCACCAGCUACACCCACUGCGACACGAUCCGCUGGUCAUCGACCUCACCCAGCCACAAAGAAAAAAUCACAACUCAAGCGACAUCGGAGGGAAUCCUCAUCUGACGAAAAUUCCGAAACCGAGCGUGAUUCUGAUUCCGAUGAUGGACGAGGUACGGAAGAUGAAGAUGAGGAAGACGAUGUUAUCCAGAAACUGGAAGCCGACGCCAUUAUCCCGACCUUGAAUAACUACAAUACGGUCGGAGAGGACUGGACAGAUGCGUACAUUGACAAACUUUUAGCUACUCGAAAGACUCGAUCCAAUAAUCGACCUUCACAAGAGAUUGUGUCCGAAGCUCUUGCCCUUCAAUCAAUCUUUCACCGGUCACUCAAGAUAUUGAGUCUAGCUGGCCAUGUAAGCUAUCCAACGUUGAAGGCUGCUCUAUUCAUGGGUCCCUCACAGCGUCCUAUCACCUCGUAUGAUGAAUAUCGAACGUACAGCAAGAAAACCACACAAGACUUAUCAAUGCCCCCCCGAAACACAUCACGUGGGUUUGUACCUCGAAACAAGGCCAUUGGUAGAUCAUGGACAGGCCUACAGCCUCUUCAGAAGGCUGUCUUUCAUCCACCACUCUUCAAAAGACUUGCACUGAAUGUUCUACAGCCUCAAGAGAUUCAGUCAAGCUCCGUUAUCAACAUUCAACCCAACGAAGAUCCCCACAACCCCUCUGACUUGACCCCGUACCUCAGCGACUUCAAAGAACUCGUCAAUAUGAAGAAAGUCGAGAAGCAUUUCGAGCGUGGAUGCCUAGCCGAGCGACAAAGCCUACAAACAGAAAAGAAAGGACGGGUAGAAGUGGGCAAGCUUGUUAAACAACUUCACACUUUUCACAGCCAGUAUGACAUCGAAUUUCACUUGCUAGUCGCAUCUUUUCAUCCCAAGACCAAGCUCGCCAAGGCCCUAUGGAUGGAGGAAUACACAUCCUGUGCAAGAUGGGCCGACUUGGUCAAAUCAGAACAUCACUUACUUGAGAACUUUGCAAAGGAGUCCACUCAGUGCCCCCGCGACGUCUUCAAGGUUCCAUCCAAAAAGCCACAACCAACAACAACUCAAAUUAAGCAACAAACUGUUUUGAGACAGCAGCUCACCACAAAUCUAAACAAACUUGUCGAGGCUCAACUUCCUUACACGCCUCGCCAAGGCAUUGACAUCCAUCCCAAAGGACCUAACUCCGAUGCUCAACUUGAACAGAAGAAGUUCCUACAAGACAUUCAACUCAAAGUUGCCCGCACCCCUGACUGUAAAGUCACUGAUGCUAUGCUCGCCAAGGGAGCAGCCCCUGGCAACAUGACUAUGGCUCACGUUCGAUUAUGGCUUGAAGAGAUUGAAGCCAAACGUUAUACAGUUAUUCUUAAAAAUGGCGAUUAG